AUGGGUAAGACACAGAAGAAGAAUAGUAAAGGUCGUUUAGAUAGAUACUAUUACCUUGCCAAAGAAAAGGGGUAUAGAGCCCGUUCUUCCUUCAAAAUCAUCCAAAUCAAUGAAAAAUAUGGUCAUUUUCUCGAAAAAUCAAAAGUUGUCAUUGAUCUAUGUGCUGCCCCUGGGUCUUGGUGUCAAGUUGCAUCACAACUCUGUCCCCUCAACUCGUUGAUUAUUGGGGUUGAUAUUGUACCUAUUAAACCUUUACCUAAUUGUAUUACUUUCCAAAGUGAUAUUACAACUGAAGAUUGUAGAUCUAAAUUAAGAGGACAUAUGAAAACUUGGAAAGCUGAUACAGUUAUGCAUGAUGGUGCGCCAAAUGUUGGUAUGGGUUGGUUUCAAGAUGCUUAUACUCAAUCUCAGUUGACUUUACAAGCUUUAAAAUUGGCAGUUGAAAAUUUGAAUGUUGGUGGGACAUUUGUGACUAAGAUUUUUAGAUCAAGAGAUUAUAAUAAUUUAUUAUGGGUUUUCCAACAAUUAUUUGAAAAAGUUGAAGCUACUAAACCUCCUGCUUCUAGAAAUGUUUCUGCGGAAAUCUUUGUGGUUUGUAAAGGUUUCAAAGCUCCUAAGAAAUUAGAUCCAAGAUUAUUGGAUCCAAGAGAAGUUUUCGAAGAGUUAGGUAAUGAAAAAGUAAACAAUGAAGCUAAGGUUUUCAAUCCAGAAAAGAAAACUAGAUCAAGAGGUGGUUAUGAAGAAGGAGAUUAUAUAUUAUAUCAUACUAUACCAUUAUUGGAAUUUAUUAGAGAUGAAGAUCCUAUUAAUCAAUUAGGUACAUUGAAUAAAUUAGAUAUACCAGAUAAAGAAGAUCAUGAAUGGAAAAUCUUACGUAAAUUACCAAGUUGUACUCCAGAAUUAUUAGAAUGUAUGAAAGAUUUGAAAGUUUUAGGUAAGAAAGAAUUCAAACAUAUUUUAAAAUUCCGAAAACAAGCUAGAGAUAUUCUUGGAUUAGAUAAGGAUCCAGAAGAAGAUAAACCAGAAAUUGAAGUUGAACCAUUAACUGAAGAACAAAAGAUUGAUCAAGAAUUACAAGAUCUUUUAUCUAAACAAAAGCAAAAAGCCAAAAGAGAAAAGAAAACCGCUAAUGAAUUGAAACAAAAAGAAAUCGUCAGAAAUCAAAUGAAUAUGUUAACCGAUAUGAAUAUUGGUAUUGAAGCUGCACAACUUGGAGCAGAAUCUUUGUUCAAUUUAAAGACCGCAGAAAAGACCGGACAAUUGGAUAAAUUAGCCAAGGGGAAGAAAAAGAUGAUCUUCACCGAAGAAGAAUUGACCAGAGAUAACGACAUUCACGUGGAUGAAGAAGAAGCUGCCGCUGCUGGAUCUGGUGACGAAUUGGAUGCUUUAGAAGAUCAAUUAGAUGAUAUGUAUCAUAAUUAUCAAGAACGUAAGGCUGAAAGAGACGCUAAUUACCGUGCCAAGAAGGCUAGGGGUGAUGUCGAUGAUGAAGCUUGGGACGGUAUUAAUUCUGAAGAAGAAGGUAGUGAUGAAGAAACCAAGGAUUAUGAAAUGGUUGAUGAUUCAGAUGAAGAUGAUUCAGAUGAUGAUGAAGCUAUUGAAAGAUUGAUCGCUGAAAGAAAGAGUAAGGAAGGAUUAUCCAAGAAUGCCAAAGCUUUCUUUGCUUCCGAUUCUAUCUUUGGCGAAUUAGGUGACGACGCAUUAUUAGAAGAAAUGACAAGAGGUUCCACUAAACCAGAAACCAACGGAAAGACACAAACUAACGGAAAGGCAGCACAACAAAAACAAGCUCAAGUUAGUGAUAGUUCAGAUGAAAGUUCAGACGAUGACAGCGAUUUUGAAAUUGUUCCAAAUGAAAAUGAAGAUCAAGUUAUGUCUGACUAUGAUUCCGACGAUGAUGAAUCCGAAUCCAUUGCCAAACAAUUAAAAGCAGCCAAGAGUCAAAAGGAAAAAGUCGAUCUUGCUACAGUAGAAGCCAUGACAUUGGCCCAUCAAGUUGCACUUGGAAGAAUGAAUAAGCAUGAUUUGAUUGAUGAAGGUAUAAAUCGUUAUUCAUUCCGUGAUAAAGAUGAUUUACCAGAAUGGUUUAUUGAUGAUGAAAAGAAACAUUCCAAGAUCAUUAAACCAAUUACGAAAGAAGCUGCAUUAGCCAUCAAAGAAAAACAAAAACAACUUAAUGCCCGUCCAAUUAAGAAAGUGUUAGAAGCACAAGGAAGAAAGAAGAUGAGAGCAUUGAGAAGAUUGGAGAAGUUGAAGAAGAAAUCUGAUUUGAUUAAUGAAGAUAGUGCUAAAUCAGAAAGAGAUAAGGCUGAUGAAAUUCAAAGAUUGAUGAAGAAGUUGACUAAGAAACAAAAGAUGAAACCAAAGGUUUCUGUUGUUGUUGCUAGAGGUAGUAAUAGAGGUUUAAGUGGUAGACCAAAGGGUGUUAAAGGUAAAUAUAAGAUGGUUGAUGGUGUUAUGAAGAAUGAACAAAGAGCAUUAAGAAGAAUUGCCAAAAAGAAUAGAAAGUAG